AUUUCGCUCCAUUUGGAUCUGUAGUUUCACUUUCAUUUCCAGAAGAGAAUAACCAAUUGCAAACAGACCGUUUCUACAGUCUCUUGGGUCGAAUUCCUGAUGGGCUUAUGUGUACUGGCCUAAAGCUCGAAUCUUUCGUUUGCAUCGGGGAUUUUCUGGGGAAACAGACGGGGGUUUUUACUUCUGCAGUUUAUGUUGACCAUAUUGGUUUUGCCCGAAGCUCAAAUCAAUGGAAACUCGGUGCCGUGAAUUUGUUCUGGUGGUUAUGCUGGCCAUUUUAUUAUCAAGCCUGCAACAAGUGUAUGGUAUAAGGUUUGUGAUUGACAGGGAGGAAUGCUUCUCCCACAACGUUGAAUACCAGGGUGACACCAUCCAUUUCUCGUUUGUUGUUAUUAAGUCUGAGGGUGCGUGGCAUUAUACUCCAGAUGGGGUUGAUCUUGUGGUGAAGGGGCCCUCUGGUGAACAGAUACACGAUGUUCGUGAUAAGACAACUGAGAAGUUUGAGUUUGUAGCCGAUAAGAAAGGAGUCCACCACUUCUGCUUUACUAACAAGUCGCCUUAUCAUGAAACCAUUGAUUUUGAUGUACAUGAAGCUCACUUCUCAUAUUAUGAUGAUCAGCAUGCAAAAGAUGAGCAUUUCAAUCCUUUGUUGGAACAGAUAUCAAAGUUAGAGGAGGCUUUGUACAACAUUCAGUUUGAGCAGCACUGGCUGGAGGCUCAGACUGAACAACAGGCGAUAGUGAACGAAGGUAUGAGCCGGCGAGCAAUUCACAAAGCGUUGUAUGAAUCAGGUGCUCUCAUCGGGGCCAGCGUUCUCCAAGUUUACCUCCUUCGACGCCUGUUUGAACGGAAGCUGGGCAUGUCCAGAGUUUAGGUUUUUGCAUGGUGCUGUGUGCGUGUGUUUGGGGGGUAUUUAUAUUUAUAUUGCAGAGUCAUGCCUUUUGGGCCUCCUUGUGAGCUCUAUCUUAAAGAAAGAUUUUACAUAGGCAACACACAUUAGACUGCUUUUGGACUGUUGGGACAAUUAAGGACUAAUACAACUUUUUGUCUCUUGACAAUAUAUUCUUGCGAUUUGUUCUUGGCCUGCUA